AUGAUUGACGUGGACGAGGUUGCUAACAAAAUCGGUGAAGCGACAAACGACAUUAUAUCUGAACACAAUAAGGAAACAGAAAGCUUGAAUAAAUCAAACAUAAGACGACACAACCCUGUGAAAAGUUCCCUGUUUGUAAAUGGCGAUUCUUUACUAAAAGGUCUUCCACAACACUCGAUUACGAAAGCUACUAACACCAAA